AAUUAACACCCACAAAAUUUAUUUUUGUUAGUAUUGAAAAUGUGUUGAAAUUAAUGACUAUUGUGUGUAUUGUUCGAAAAGUCAUCAACAUUGAACUAUUUUUUUCACUUAGAGAAUAUUGAUACCAUAAUCGUUUAUGAAAAUUAAUUUCAAUUAAUUUUUUUUCUACUUGUGACAUGUCUAUUCUUUUAACAAGAAUUCAUGACAUUUUAAAGUUUAUCUAUUUUGAUUAGAAGAAAGUGAUUUAACAUUUAUGUGUAACGAGUGAAUAUUUGAUAUAUUUAUCUAUCUCUUAUUUAUAAGUUAAGCUACUAUGUUAUUGUGAUAUGAAUUUAUUGACGAUUAAGUGUGCACUACACGGGAACUAACCUAAAAUUUCUAAUUCGUACUUCGAGGAAAAAGGCUCUUUCAGUCGAAAGCUUACAAAUGAAUUGUGUUUCAUACUUAUGACAUACCAAAAUUUACGAUGGAGGAGAGAAGAGUGGCAGACUACUUUGUAGUUGCUGGCUUACCUGAUCAAGAUAAUGAUAUUUAUGAAGAAAACGAUGUUUCAAACAAUCUGGAAGAUUGGUGCCAGGAAGGUACACAUCUAAAGGACAUUCAUGUUCCGCCACCUAUAACAGAUUUGGCUGUUAUAUUUCCAACCCUCGGUGAAAGCUGUCCUGAAGGCUACUGCUUACUUAAUAAUACAGUCACUGGAUUUCCCGCAGACUUAAACCAUGGAAGCUUGCGAGCUAACGAAUGUUACUUAUGCUACAGAAGGGGGAGAGAUAAACCACCAUUGGUCGAUAUAGGUGUAAUAUACGAUGGAAAAGAGCGAAUAAUGAAAGACGCUGAAAUUGUAAAGGAGACGCCAACGGGACAUGUGGCAAAUGUUAAUAAUUCAACGUCGAGAAUUUUUGUCACUUACAGACGAGCCAGCCGUAGAAUGCCUUGUAAUUCAUUGGUCGUUACGGACAUAUGUAUGAUUUUGGCCAAUAAAGGAGAGACGCCGCCGCACGCCUUUUGCAUAAUUAAUAAAAAUUUAAAUAAAGGCAUGUUGGGCAGCGAUGUUUUCUUGUGUUACAAAAAGUCAAUGAAUCGUGAAAAUUUGAUAUCUCUAAAACCAACAAUACUCUAUAAGUAUCCAAUAUUGGAUUACAAUAAUUUCGUAUUUCCAAACUCUGUCGCAAUGUUUUGCCUACCAAUGGGUGCUACUAUUGAAUGCUGGCCGAAAAUUGCCUGUAAACCAAAACCAGUUUUUUCUACAUUUGUAUUAACAGUAGCCGAUGCUGCCCAAAAAAUAUAUGGCUCCGCCAUUACAUUCUAUGAAGAAAUUGUGCCCGAUUUGUACAUUCCAAAGGAGAAUGUUCAGCCGGAAAAUUGGGAAACAUCGAAUGAUAACCACAAUAUUGAUGAAACUUUAGAUGUAUCAAAUAAAUCACAAAGUCAAUUGAAAGUUAUUAAGAAAUUUGGUAUUCUUAAGAAAUUGAACGCAAGUCAAAUGGAAAAAUUGCAAUAUGUUGAUCCUGAUACACAGUCGUUAAAUUUGAGUAAAUCCAUUUGUAUUUUAUCUCAUUGGCCAUUUUUUGAUACUUUUGAGAAGUUUUUAGUUUUUUUACAUAGUAUGGUUGAUGGCAAACCACAGAAUAUUCAUAUAGAAAAGUACAUAUCAUACUUUUUGUGUGACAUACCUUUUCCCAGUGCUCAGAGGCCAAGAAUACUUGUACAGUUAAGUAGUCAGGAUCGUUUAAUUUUAACCCAACCAGAGGACUUAGCUUUGCCAAGGUCUGGUGCAAGUUUUAGACAAUUGUUAAUGAAUUUAGGUCCUGACAAUUGCAUGCUGAUUUUACUUUUAAUAUUGACAGAACAAAAAAUUCUAGUUCAUUCAUUGAGACCAGAUGUACUUACAUCUGUGAGUGAAGCAAUUGCCAUGAUAUUAUUUCCAUUCAAGUGGCAAUGUCCAUAUAUACCGCUGUGCCCUUUAGGUUUAGCUGAAGUUUUACAUGCUCCAUUGCCAUUCCUCAUUGGUGUAGAUUCUCGAUUUUUUGAUUUAUACGAUCCGCCCAAUGAUGUCAACUGUGUUAAUUUGGACACCAAUAAUAUAGCUGUUUGUGAUGACAAAAAAUAUUUAAGUAUUAAACUGUUACCUAAAAAAGGAGCAAGAAUGCUUAGAAGCCUAUUGGAACUUUUGUAUUCAAAGCUGAUUUCUCUUGGGAAAAACUAUUCACAUAGAGAUAAAGGCGAUGAAGAUUUCAGUGUGGAUAAAGAGUUCCAACAAAAACGAAAGGAACAAGUUCUAGAACUUGAGAUACAAGACGCUUUUUUAAGAUUCAUGGCAAUGAUAUUAAAGGGUUAUCGUUCAUUUUUGUUACCAAUUACGAAAGCACCAACUGUUGGGUCCACAGAUCCUACGAGUUUAUUUAACAUGCAAGCUUUCUUAAGAAGUCGAGACAAAGCUCAUGCCAAGUUUUACAGUAUGCUCGUAAGAACCCAAAUGUUUAUCAGAUUCAUUGAAGAAAGGAGUUUUGUUUCUGACAUGGAUAUGGCUGGUUUAGCGUUUUUUGAUGAGUGCACUGAACGCGUUGACGAGGAGAACGUGAUGCUUUUGGAAUUAGAUGAAUCUCAACACAGUGAACGCACUGUUUUUAUUCCACCUCCAGAAGCUGCAACAAAUGUACAGCAGAUAAUUUAUGAUACAUUUAAAUUAAAUCCUGAUUUAAUGAAACCCCAAAAACAUGUCAAUUUGAAAAAUCCAGUUUUCAGUGAUUUUACAAUUGUGCCUGGCAGUCCGAUGGCUCGCAGAACAAAACAUGAAAUUAAAAUUGCCCAAAAGAUGGCCAGAAAGCAGGCGGCUCUACCAGAUCGAUGGAGCAAAUGCUUACUUGGCACCUGUUAUAGUUUGUGGUUUUUACACUUACCAGCUAUGUUGCUAACUUCAAGUCAACCUGCAGCUGUUUUGCAUCAGGGAUACGAAUUACUUGUUAAAAUGCAAAAACUGCGCUUGGAUCCAAUGGAAGAGGUUUGCUAUCGAGUGAUGAUGCAAUUAUGCGGUUUAUACGGCCAACCAGUGUUAGCAGUAAAAUUAUUAUUUCAUAUGAAGCGAAGUGGAGUUCAACCAAAUGCAUUAACAUACGGAUUUUAUAACAAGGCUGUGUUAGAAGCUACUUGGCCUUCUGAUAUGACGAAUUCGAGUCAGUUAAUGUGGAAUAAAUUACGCAAUGUGAUAGUCGGCGCUGCAUUAUUUAAGAAAGCGGGAAUCAGAAGUGCCAGGAAAAGGCUAUGUUCUAGUAGCGAUAUUAUUUCGUCCGAUGAUAAAUCUCUAAGUAUGGCACAUGCUAUUUCAAGGUCCAGUCUUGACAGUACUCACUCGCAAGACACUGAAGGAAUACAUGGUAUUUCACUGAAGGGUAGUUCAGUACCAGACCUUUCCGGUUUCAGUCUAAACGAAAUGAAAACGAAGCUCCCUCGUCAAAGUAGUAUUGUAAAAGAUUCAAUGAUAAGUGCUAUGCAAAGCGAGAUGUUCGAUCAUAGUUCUAAUAAUUGCAGAAUUAAACGUAAUGUAGAAUCACCUUUGAAAAGUCCUAUUCGAACACCCGUCACGGAAAACGAUCCAUUGGGGGCAUUAAUAAACGACGAUACUCCGAUUGUAUCACCUUGUGAUGAAAAUGACUCCAACUGUUCUUCAAGCACAUUGACGGUUUUAAAUAGUACAAUCGAAGACCGACCAGGUGGUCCCGUUUUAUUCAGAAGUCAUAUCCUGCCACGAAGUGCUACUUUCCAUCAGGCUGCAGAAGAUGACUUAACAAUUGGUGGUCAUUUACAGAGAAGUGAAACGAUGCCUCAUUCUGUUACUUUGCAAGGGGAUCAAGAGAGAGAAAAGGAGAGGGCAGAACUCGGAAAUCUUUGGAUUCAAAAUAAAGACAGUGUAACAUCUAGUCUGUCCAGUAUAGGUUCAAGUUUGAAACUCAGUUUUGGUUCCUCAAGUUUAACUGGAAAGAAAUCGAAUGAAAUAAUUCAAGGUGGCUUGAAUAGUCUAAAAUCAGCCGCCACAACUGUGGUGAAAAAGUUUGAUGAAAUAAAAGAAGCUAUUUCGGCUAAUAGCACUCCAGUGAAGCUAAAAGAGCGUGACCAAAGAAUGGGUUUCGAAGUGUCACAUGAAUCUCUAGACUCACUUACAGAUGGUUCUCAGCAAGAUCGAAAUGAAUUAUUUACAAGAAUGUCUGGUGACGCAAGUGUUGAAUUGAACUCUCUUUACGAGUUGGCAGAAUGUUUAUAUCCAAAACUGCCAAAAGACACUGAAGAUCGUUUUGCAGUUGAACUUAUUCUUUCCAGUGCAAGUAGAUGUCAUAAUUGCUCGUCCAUUCUUUACGAUGAAGAAAUCAUGGCUGGCUGGCAACCAGAAGAUUCGAAUUUGAAUACUAUUUGUCAAUUUUGCGAUAAAGCAACUGUACCGCUGCUCACAGUGACUGUACUGGAUUACAGAUGUGAAGAAGCGGAGAAAAAUAAUGAUCCACUAUCAGAUGCUUUAGUCGAAUUAAUGCAGAAGCCACGAGAAUUGACGACUCCAAUAACAGUGCCGUACCUCAAUCCCCUUGUUUUGAGGAAAGAAUUAGAGAAUGUUUUAGAUCAAGAAGGAGAUUCGUGUUUAACGAAGAAUAAAUUCAUUCUCGAACAUCCAAUUGUUUAUUGGAAUCUUAUUUGGUAUUUCGAAAGAAUUAACCUUUCCAGUCACUUGCCGGAAAUAUGGCUGAAUAGCGAGGAGGAAAAUGAAUUGCAGCCAUCUUCUGCAUUAAUCGGUGUCCGAACAAUGUGGGAUAAUGAAUGUCUUCAUCUAUGUCGAUUGCCGAUGUAUCUGCAGUGGAAGUCGAGUACAGACAGAACGUCAAUGCAGACAAUUAUUGCCAAUGUUCGACAUAACGAUUUAGUAGAGCCUAUAAGAAGGCUUGCACUAGAGAGAAGUAAAAUAUCUGAAGAUCAAACAUCUUUUUCUAUUUAUAGGGAUAUACUUUUCUUAGCCUUUACUGUUCUUGGUAGAGGUAAUAUUGAUCAGGGAGCAUUUGAUCGUGAAUAUAGUCUCUCUUUAGAAAGGUUAUCAGAAAAUGAUGAGAAGCUAUUGAGACAUGUAGAUGCUGCACCUUCCUUAAUGACUCUCUUCUGUAGGCAUUACUUCAAACAAUUAAAUGUAUAAAAGUUAUAAAGUCUAUUUUUAAAAGUCUGAUAAAACAAAUGUACCAAAAAAAGAAGUUUGUUUUUCAAAAGAAAUACUUUCUCAAUAUUUUAAAAAAUAUUAAAAUUUUAAAAAAAUGUA